CCACCUUCAUGGAGCUCCUGGUCGAACUAGGUAUCUUCGAAGUCUGGAUAUCCACGGAACACUCACAGACGUCAUCAGUAUUUGCAACGCUGAGGAAGAGCGCCAGACUGAAAAAGGAUAUCCGGGUGCAUUUCAAUGACCGCACUGAAGGUCCUUACAUGCACCAUUGAAUUUCGAUGCUUCUUAGAUAAUGACGCUCGAGCUCACUUGCAGUCUUCUGGGUGACAACUUUCCACCAAAGUCGCAGCAUCAAUGGAUUGGACACACGUUCGUCAUCGAAGAUGUUUGGGAACACUCUGUCAUGUAGUACUGACAUUGCAGUUUCUUUUGCUCCCGGAGCUCAGGGUGGGGACGAGUGUGUAGUUUGAAUAAGUCCAGACUUGGCCUCUUUCGGAUUCAU